AGAAAGCCUGAAGCCUCAAGCUGAGAUAACACCAGAACCCGGAACAGGAAGUCCUUAGAAUCUGACUGCUGUUGCCAUGGUACCCACAACUACCCCCAGGAAGCCAAAGGCAGGCUCCCCCAGCAAAGCAUCGCCGUAGGAGAAGGGGUGAGCCCCAGGUGUCAUGAGAGCGUUCAAGAUUCAGGCUCAGAAGGUGCCCAGCCUCCAACUCUCCCUUGGUUCCGAGACCAGUGCAACCAGCACCCCUCUGCUUCACUCUCAACCUCUGUGACCGUCCCCGUGGGCAGCAGGACUGCAGAACUGUGCUCAUCACUGUCCUGCUGUGUCAUCUCCACUGUCAUUCAUGAAAAUGUUGAAUUCAGUAAGUGGAUCCUUUCGCAAGAAGGCCGGUGACAGCAGGUCUAGAGAGUGCAGGACUCGGCUGGAGCGCAGGAUUGUUGGUGCAACCAACCGAUGGCGUUUUCCCCAAGACCAUUUCUGCGGAGACCUGUUGGCACUCUCCCAGAUGUGCAAUGUUUUAAAUGUAGAUCUUGACGAAGCUCUGAAGAACCCAGACAGAUUAUGUAUCUCAAAAUUCCAGAAGCUUUUCUCCGAAAAUAUCAUGAACAGUGGCACCCAAAGCGGGGAAGCAGACGUGAUCCUUGAAUGCCUCGGCUUCAAGUGGGAACUCCACCACCCUCAGAUCUUUCAGUCUGGGACCUUGGCCAAGCUCUACCUGACAGCCUUGAUACAGAACAUGAAAAGCUCCCAGAGGGAGCUGGACAAGGUUCAGAAAGCUCAUCCAUCCGGGAAGAUCAAAAAAAGGUCCCCUGUAAAGAAGAUCAUCAUUUCCAUGAGGAUCAAUGACCCGGCAGUCACCAGAGUUGCCUUCGCCCUGGCCCUGAAGAACCUCUACAUGAAGGAGGUGGAAAUGACCGUGGACAAUGUGCUGGGCGUGCUGGCUUCUGCUCACAUCCUCCAGUUCAACCGACUAUUUCAAAAGUGUGUCAACAUGAUGAUGAACAGACUCGCACCAAGCACCAUCAAGAACUUCUACUUGGCCGGCUGUAAGUACGAAGAAGAGCAGCUCACCAUGGCCUGUGAGAAGUGGCUGGCAAUGAACCUGGUCCCUCUAGUGGGGACUCAGAUCCACCUCCGACAGAUCCCUGAACCUCUGCUGUACAAGGUGCUGAAGUCGCCCAGGUUGUUCACCUUCAGUGAGUUCCAUCUCCUGAAAACCUUACUCAUGUGGGUUUACCUACAGAUGAACUGCAAGGUUCAGAUGGUCCCAAUCCACGAGACCAUUUUGGCAUUUUUUAACAGCUUUCCCAAGAAGUGCUGCUUCCUAGAACAGGAUCCAGGACAGAACUGGAUGCCACUCUUCCUUUGCCUGCGUCUGCACGGCAUCACCAGUGGCAAGGAUCUGGAGGUGUUGAAGCACAUUAAUUUCUUCCCUGAGUCCUGGCUGGUCCGGGUUACAGCCAACCAUUACCACGCACUGGAGAGCGGGGGCAACAUGGUCCACCUGAAAGAUCUUUCCACACAGGCCAUGAGGUUCGGGCUGCUCUUUAGGCAGGAAUACACCACUUACUCGGAAAGGAUUUCUAUAUACGGAUACUUCUUUGAGAUAAAGGGAAUCAAACACGACCCUACCUCUUACAGUUUUUCUAUGCAGAGAAUAAAACAUACAGACUUGGAGUGCCCCUCACCAGUCUGUGAGCACAGUACCAUCAGCUUGAGGUCGGAGCGCCUGGUGAAGUAUGAGAUCCAAGCCCAGACGCUGGUGGACGGCAGGUGGCAGGAGUUCAGGACCAACCAAAUCAUGCAAAAGUUUGGGUUUAUCAAGCCAGGCUGCAAAAGCCACGUCUUGAAAAUCCAAACCGUGGGCAUCCCGAUCUACGCCAGCUUUGCCUUCAUCUUCCCAGCAUCUUGAUAGCUUUCAUAGGAAUCUAUGGGAUCCCCUUCCCUGGCCGGCCUGACUUCAUAAGAGAAAUAAAAAUGACAUUAAGGAGGGGAGCACUGUGUCCGGCUGCCUGAGCGCGUCAGCUCCCCUGGGUCGUCGGCUCAGGCAUUAGAGUUUAGUGCCAAUCUGCUUCCGUUUUCAUCUGAAGAUAAGAUUGGGAAAAUUCACAUUUAAGCUCACUCGGUCUGUUGACAGGCUAAUCUUCUUGCAGAUGCCUGACCAAGGACCUUAGCAGCUACUAAUUGUUUCACACAAUGAUCUGCAGACCUAAGAUAUCCCUUCCCCUCUGGUUUCGAAGUUAAGUCACACACUGCACCCUUUCCUAAGAGAGAGGACUGUACAAAGGGUCACCUUUGUCCACCCCUCCGUGAUGCCAGUUUUCUUUGAGAACCUGGAGAGUUGGUAGAGUUAUGAAGACAGUCAGGUGGGUACGUCCAGCCUACCUAAUGUCUGGUGUGGGAUGGCACACAGCUGAGGGAGUCUUCCUUCCAACAGAGAAUCUCAGGAGGUUAGAAGGGCUGGUAGGACCGUGGGAGGUGGGCCUGGGAGAAGAAUCAGCGCCAAAGCACUGGGCUUUGGGAGCCUGCUUCCAGAACCACUUCUUCCUCCUGUGUCCCACUCUUCUAUGCUGUUGCUCCCACUCAAGACCAGUAAAAGAGAAGUAGUCGUGGGAGCUAGAGAGACAGGAGAGGAGAGAAAUUGGGAUAGCUAUCACCUCUCUGGGUUCAUGGGCAUCUUUCUGCAGUGACUGUGUCCCUUUGUGGCCCCAGCUUUCUCUGAUCCUUCCUUCCAUUUGCUACCCUGAAGUUUCCUUCCAUCCUUCCAGGGUCCAACACAGGGCCUGUCCUUGCUCUGAUAUUAGCCACCUACCAGCCUUCAAGUGAUGGAGGCAUCUGCCAAGGCUGCAGUCCUGGGCUGCAUCAAUCUCCUGUGCUUGACCAACUAGAUCUCGCUUCAUCAUUAUAUCUGGGUCUCCAUAUUCUGUUUACUCUGCUUCAACUGUCUGGGUUUUGGGGGUUUUGUUUGUUUGGGUUUUUUUUUUUUUAAUGUUUUCCAGGUUACAUAGGAAUGGUUUGGUAGUGUUGGAGACACAUAUGACACAGUGCAAUAGAUAUUGGAAAACAUGGCCUCCAUAAUUCACAUUAGUGUGAGGACCAGUGAGACACUCAGGUACAAAUUAUAUGAAGUAUCAAAGCCCCAUAAUGGUCAGUGUGAUGGUUUGUAUAUGCUCUGCCCAGGGAGUGGCACUAUUAGAAGGUGUGGCCCUGUUGAAGUAGGUGUGUCACUGUGGGUGUGGGCUUUAAGACCCUCAACCUAGCUGCCUGGAAGUCAGUUUUCUGCUAGCAGCCUUCAGAUGAAGACGAUGAAGAUGUAGAACUCUCAGCUCCUCCUGCACCAUGCCUGCUUGGAUGCUGCCAUGUUCCCGCCUUGAUAAUAAUGGACUGAACCUCUGAACCUGUAAGCCAGCCCCAAUUAAAUGUUAUCCUUCUAA